UUGGGGAGGAGAGUCCAGAGAGUACGAGAUCGCGGGGGGACGGAAUCGCCGAGCAGAUUCCCCAGUCCCCACCGCGACCGGGCGGUUCCCGAUGAGCAGGAGAGGCGGCGGCGGCAGCGGCGGGCGGCAGGGGUCAGAGCCCGAAUCGGCGGCGGCCGUGCACGUCCCGGGGCCCUGCGCCGCGACGCAGCGGGCGCUCGCCGAGUGCCACCGCAGCGCGGCGCGCGGCCCGCUGAGGCCGGAGGUGCUGUGCCGGCACCUCAACCGGGCGCUGGCCGAGUGCCUGGUGACCUCGUGCUGCCCCGGGGAGACGGAGGCCGUCCGCACCCUCUGCGGGAGCGCCGGCACCGCGCUCAAGCGGUCCCAGUGCCAGCGCGCGCGCAUCGGCCUCUCCCUCUGCCUCGAGUCGCAUCAGGAGCCCUGAGGGCAAUGGAGCCUACGC